AUGGAAAAAUAAUAUAAGAAUGCAUUAAAUGUCCGUGUGGAUGUUUAAAAUGUGAAAUAUAAGAAAUAGAUGUAUAUAGAUGAUGCUGAUUUUUAUAAAUAAUGUUUAUCCUGCUAUAAAUAUCAAAAAGGUUGCAUUAAAUGUUCUACAAAUGCAUAAUGUUAAGUCUGCCACAAAAAUUACAUUAAAAUAAACGAAAAAUGCGUCAGAUGUAAUGAGUAAAUUUUUAACUGUUUAUCUUGUGUUAGACGAAAAGACCUUGUUGAUAAUACAUUUUGCCUUUAAUGCUAAGAAAGUUAUUAUUUAGACAUAAAUAUGACACAAUGUAUUAAAUGUCCUGAAAAUGUUAAAAAAUGUAAAUCACCAACUUAAAUAAUAAGAUGCGAAGCAAAUUUUUUUCUAAGAGAUAAUCAAUGUUUGUUAUUAAGUAAUCAUUUUCCAAACUGCUAAUUUACAAAUGGUAAAACAUGCAUUAAAUGCUUAAAUAGACAUUUUCUUAAUCCUCUAAAUGGUGAAUGUAUAAAAUCUAAUGAUCCGGACUGUAAUUCAUUCGAUGUAAUUAAUGGAAAACUAAGUUGCAAGAAUUGCCCUAGUUCAACUUUUUACUUAGAUUUAGAUAAAAAUACGAAUCUUUAUAAAUGUAUUGCUUGCUAUGAACCGGAAACUUUAAAUCUUUAACCAGAAGAAUUAACUGAUGAAGUUAUUUAGUCAUGGAGUUUAUGUGAAGAAUGUGAAAAAUCAUCUAAUAGUAUAGGACUUAAAUGCAAUCGUUGUACUGAUAAUGUUUUUCUUACAAAUAAUGAAAGAUAACCUUGUUUUUAUAAGAGGGAAGAUGAUGGAAUUAUUGGAGAAUAUAUAGCCGAAUGUGAUAUAUAUCAGUUUUUUAAUAAUGAAAUUAGAUGUGUUUAAUGUCAAGAUUAAUAUAAACUUAAUGAUGAAUCGAAAUGCAUCUUGUGUCCUAAAGGAUGUUAUAAAUGUAAUGAAGAUUUACUUAAAUGCUAAUAAUGCUAUAGUACUGAAUAGGAAUAAUAUUAUAUGGAUGCAAGUAAGAAUGCUUGUGUGUAAUAUUAAAAUGAAUGCGAAGAAUAUAAUAUUAUUGAAAGCAAGUGUCUUAAAUGUAAAAAUAAUAUUAUUAGUAAAAGUAAUUUAGGGGCUGAAUGUGAAACUUUUUAUUCUUUAUUCUAGUCAAAAGUAAAUGAAGACAUAGAAGAUGAUGAUGAAAAUAGUAUGUAAAAUAAUGAGAUGUAGAUAGUUUAUAAAUAAGCUAUUACUAAGCUUGAUUCUUAAAGUAUUAGAAACUUUUAUAGAUUAAUUGAUGGUGUUUGUGUCCCUUGUGCUGAUAGAUAGACAGGAAAUUUUCAAUGUUUAAAAAAUCAAUUUGCUAGUAUUUUAGUCGAUGAUAGUUUCGGAGUGUUCUUUAUUUUAAAUUUUCAACUAUUGAUGACAUUAGCUUUUGUUUGA